CAGUCACAUUUCUGCAUCUUUGACUCAAGUUCCCUGAAAAUAGCCAAGUCUGACAUCCACACUUUCCCUGCAAUUUGGUUAUGAUUUGAAUAGCUUAUGUUUGAUGGAGUUAUAGUGCUGUUGGUCACCCAUAGCUCAUGCUGCAGAAGCCUGUAUCUGGCUCCACUGACUGCUCUUUAAUUUCCCAGGUCCCCUCUUGAUUUUUUGAGAAAUGCCCCCCCCCCCCCACAAUUACCCUUCUCCCAUCCUCUGGAACCACACCUGUAUCCCAUGACUCUCAAUGUUGUGGCUAAGGGCCCUGAGUUCCACUCUGCCCAGCUCUUCAGUGCCCUGGGGUGCAGGUCCUAAGACCCCGCUGACCGGUUCUUGAAGACUCAUCAGAUGCUGUCUAGGAAGGGCUUGGUGGGUGUGGCAGGACACUGUGGGUGCUGCCACUUUAAGGGGGUUGAUACCAGAGGGCUGCUGGUAUCAUCUGGAGGUAAGGGAGGAGCUGUAAGGGAUGGUCAGGAGGCUCCUAGGCAUGACCUAAAACUGCACCCUGCUGGGAGUGGGUGGCCUGGUGGGGCUCUCAGUGGCACGGGAGCCCCCAGGAAAUGCCAGGCCAGUUGCCACCCCGUUGAAAGGUGGGUCCCUGUGACAGAGUCAGGCCAUAGAUUUAAACCUGUCUUGACAUCCCCCAACUGGUCCAUGCUGGGGCCAGGACUGGAAGGGUUGAAAGGCCGGGGCCCGCUGCGAGGAAUGCCCAAGAGCCGAAGGCCUGGGGCUCCGACUAGCCUGCAGGCGGGCCAGGGCCAGUAGCCAAAGGUCCCGGGGGUCCACACCCGUAAGGGGGAAGCAGCUCAGGGAGCUAUGUUGCCCAGUAUGAUGAUGAAAUAGGAUGCCUGAAUGGUGGGAUCCAGGUGGGGUUCAAAUGGCAGGGUUUUGGGGCCCAGUGUGAGGCCAGUGAUGUUGACAACAUCUGGAUGCCAUCUGCGAGUCUCGGGCUGUGAUGUAGGGGAGGAACGGAGCUGCAGAUAGCACCCCCUGGCAUUGGGGCAAGAAAUGGGCAGCCUCCCACUUCAUUAACAUCAAUCAAUUAAUUAACAGCAAGGUGUGGUGGGUGAGAAGGUGGGUGGUUAGCCUAGAAACAGGUGGGUGGGCCACAGGAAAAUCAUCCCCGAGAAGGCCCCCUGUUACAGUGGGGUGAUCUUUCAAUGUGGACCAAGUCCAUAGCUGGGAGCGGGGACAGACGAGCACUUGGUGCAGCUUCAGCUGAGUCCUGACAGCCACAGAGACCAGAUCCCCCUGCAAUGCACUGUGAUUGAAGAGGAAGUCACUGGAGACCUAUUACUGACUCUCUCUCCCCAGGCAAGAACUGGGGGCACAGAAGGAAGGAAACCAGCAGGCAGAAAGUUUCAACUGACAAAGGGAAGUUCUGUUUCCCCCAGUGUGUCAUUCACUUGUGGAGCUCGUGGCCACCAGACGUGGUGGGAGCUGAGUGUGCAGUCAGGUUCCCCAGGGGCUGGACGUGUCCUUUGAGGAAAGGGGCAUCAGCUGUUGGCAAAGACCUGGCACGGUCAUCAGGUGAACCAACCAUGCCGGUGCAGCGCUUCAGCUCAGUGGGCAACACCCAGGCACUGACAUCUCUGAUGGUCAUCAUGCACCUGCUGGAGGCCCUCUUCACAUGCAUCACCUUCAGCCUGGUGGCUAGCCAUGGGGGCCGGUGGGGUGGCAAUGGUGAGUGGUGCGUAUUCUCAUGGUGCUUCUGUUUUGCCGUGACAGUUGUGGUGCUGCUGGUGGAGUUUUUGGGGCUCCAGCACCGCAUGCCCAUCUCCUGGAAGAACUUCCCCGAGGUCACUGGCUACGUGGCCACUGUGCCUGGGCUACUCAAGGUGGUGGAGACCAUCAUUGCCUGCAUCAUCUUUGCCUUCAUCAACAACCCAGUGCCUUAUGAUUGGCAUGAGGCCCUGAAGUGGUGCCUUGCCGUGUACUGUAUCUGCUUCAUCCUUUCACUGGCUGUGCUGUGCAUCAGGGAAUGCACCAUCUGGAUGCCUUGUGCCUUCAACAAGUUCCUCAGUGGAUACGUGCUCCUGGCUGUGCUCCUCUACGCCACUGUCACCAUCCUCUGGCCCCUCUACAACUUCAACAGAAAGCACGGAAAGCCCAAGUGGCCCAAGUACUGCCAGGAUCACACCUUCUGCAGCUGGGACAACCUGGUGGUCAUCGCCAUGCUCACAGCCAUCAACCUGCUGGUCUACCUGGCUGACCUAGUCUACUCUGCUUCAUCUUCAUCCAAGCCUAGGUGCUUGCUCUCCUUGGAGGAAAGGACAGGGAGAGGGUUGAGUUGCCUGUGUGGCAGAAAUGCCACCGUUGGUGCCCCUCUCCAGAGACCUGUCUCAGCCAGCCUGGGAGGCUGGUGUUUCAUUCCUCAGGGUGGGGAUCUCCCACCUGGUCUACAUGACAAAAGCCUGGCGCCUGGGAGGUGAUGCUCUGGUCACCUGGGCAGGGGGGAAAGACCCGGCCCUGCGCGGGCCCAGGUAGCCAGGGAUGCGGGGGAGAUUGGUCGGCUUGUGGCCAGUAUUGGCAGCUUCGAUUGGACUGGGCUGCUGAGGUCAGAGAGGUGAUUUAAGGGCUCGGUCCAAGAAGAAGGGGGGCAGCCAUUAGCCAUUAGCCAUGCGGUCAUCCAGGUGAAUCUGAGCCUGGCUCUCUCCUCAUCACCGCAUGCUCCAAGAGUGCCCUGCCUCCAGAGGAUACAACAACUACCUCUGGACGAUGAGAGUGAGUAAGCUACUAAAGAUCCGAUUAGAUAUUUAGCUUCAGUAACUCAGAUGCGUUUAAACGGCUACCUCAGCCACCCUGGUUUGCUCUAUGGGAUUCCUCUGAUAUUCCUGUAAGAUUUCUAUUAUACUGCUCUGCCUUUUACCCUGUUUCCUCCCUACCCCUGUAAUCAAUAAAGUUCUCCUUUGUGACCCGUGUGGGAGACUUAUUGAGGGGUGGGUCUAAAUUAUGCCAAGGAGGCCCCUUAGGUCUGUGGACUAAGGGAGACUUUCCU